AUUCUUAUGAGUUACUCGAAUGGAAUAGGCCUUGCAUUGCUUCUUGAAGUGCGCGUUGACAUGCCAAAGCGCAUUUGAAGCCACCAGCACGUUCGGGAGGCGCUUCGGCUCUGUAAAUUUCGAAGAGAAAAAUAAAAUUAAUGGAAUCUAUUGCAAUUUUCUGGUGUAAAAUCCAUUUUACCUGACAUGGCGUGUGUAUCCUUUGCAUUCAAUCUCAAUCAUAUCGGGCGCAAUUGGACCGUCAACGACCAUGACUGGCUGUUCAUACGAAAAUAGGGGACCUUCUUCGAUUUUUGGUACAGGUAAGAAAUGUGAUUGUUGACCGAAUUUCACACCGGUCGAGAAUUCGCUUUGUUUCUUAAUAACCGGUAACGUCUUUUCUUCUUCGCGUAAUUUUUCCACAUUUUCCGCAUAACCUUUGACAAUGCUGGACGCAUCCUCGUAACUGAACAUCAAUUCAUCGAUUAGCGCCUCUUUUUCUUUCAAUUUCUUCUUUUUGGCUUCAUUUUCAAUGGUUUCCCGUUCGAUGCGUCGCUGAUCAUCUUCCUCUUUUUCACGUUCCAAUUCCAAUUCUAAUUCAUAUUCUUCACGGCCCAAACGCGUUUUAUUCUUAUUGAUUACUUCACGAUUUUCCCGCUUGUACUGUUCGAUGCGCUUGUUUGUGUUGAUGAUAUCGAUGUUGUUGCAUAAAUUGUAAAUAAUCGUUUCGAUUUCUUCCAAGUAAUCAUCGUACUCGCGAGUCGUUGCAAAAUCUUCUUCCUGAACCAAAGAACAAAAACAAUUCGAGAUGUUUGAUAAUAGAAUGAUAAACAGAUGGGCUUAAAAUAAGAGAAAAUUUCCGUACUUUUUUGUUGUAGUCCCUCAGAAUACGUCGUCGAAUGUCCACUUCUUUUUCGACCAUGGGAUUUUCAAACAUCUGAACACGGAAAUUAUUUCGACGCAACGGAACAUCGCAUUCGGGGCAUGAUCCAGAACCUAAAAUGAUGCAACAUAUAAAUUAAAAUUAAAAUUACUGACUUCAGAAAUAGAUUCAAGUUGAUAUCAAACAACUUACCUUUAACAAAGAGUAAUUCAACGCAACUUUCGCAUAAUGAGUGACCGCAAACGUUAACCAUCAAUUUUAGCGAUGGGUUUCGAUAUUUGGAGGUUUUACAUUUUGGGCACACUUGAUCAUCCAUUUUUCUAUAAUGAUAUUCUAUGUAUAUUUUUUUUAUUAAACUUAAACAAUAAACAACGAAACGAUUGAUUGAAUUGUGAUUCGCGGCGUUUUGUGUUGACAUAUGCCGAUUCACAUCACAUUGUAUAAAUCAGAAUGUGAGAGUAGCGACGUUCAAUUGUCAAAACUCACGCACACCAUCCACUAAUGUUUGAAUAUGGCAACACAUGCACUUUGUUGACCUUUUAUUCAUUGUUUAACAUUCAACAUUUUCCAUACACAUUUUUUCAGUGGCUUAUUGUUUUAAUUUCGUUCUUUUUUGAAACACAUAAUUCCCCAUUUAAAAAAUUGUUGUACCAAUCAUUCAUUUCAUUAAAUGAAUUGGGCACAAAUCGAUUCCGGUACACUUUUAUCCUCAAAAGAUAUAAAAAGUGUUGCCAACUAAGUUGUGUUACCACCACCACACUGACACAAACGCGUUUUGGAUUCAUCGAUACUUCAAGUGUUUGACAUUUGUGUCCAUUUGAAAAUAGUACUUACUUCGUUGCAAAUGAUUUGAAUUGUUGAAACGGAAAUACUGAAUAAUCCUGAGAAGUUGCAUUGGUUAUAGCUGGAAUGAAAGAAAAUUUCAAGAUGAAUGGGUCUGGCCAUUGUGAAUCAACUGGUAAACGUAUAUGUCGAAAAAGAACCAUAGCAUACAAAGUGAUCGAGGUUACGGAAUCUGGUAAACGUUUAUGUCGAAAAGGAACUGUAACAUUCAAAACGUAUGAGGUUGUAAAACCAUCGCUAAUGAAAUUGAACAAUGACUGUCUACGUAUUGUAUUAGAGCAUCUAGAUGCGUUUAGUUUGGGUAAUAUGGCAAACGUUUGCAGGCGAAUUCGUCCAUUGACCGCAGAGAUUUUCCAUCGUCAUCACAAGGAGAUCCGAAUUCAGGAGGAAGAAAUGUGUUAUGAUAAAGGUGCUGUUUGGCGUACACUCUUUAAAUUCGGACAUUUAAUUUCAACACUCCAUUUUACGGGUACCCAAUGCGAUAAACAUAAUCCGAAUAUUCACAAACAAAUCAACCUAAACACAAUUAUCGAGCAUUGCCCAAACUUGCGUGAGUUGCAUAUUUACGAUGCAACCAUCGAUUGUGAGAAGGCUAAGCCAUUGUUCGCACAAUUGUCAGUUUUGACCAUCAGAUUUUGCCAAUUUAUUAAUGGUAGCAAAUAUAAUUUAUUGUCAAAAUGUUCUAACGUUCAAAAGCUGACAUACAGUCCAGAUUUUCGGUUGCAAGAAACUAGUGAUUAUUUCAGUCGCUUCCUGUGGGGAAAUUAUCAAAUAGAAAAACUUACUGUGCAAUACGAAGACCCGCGUGAAAUUUCAGAACUUAUAAGAUUACCGAAUUUGAAGUCGUUAUCUUUGAUAAGAGAUCGAGUUUAUUUCGUCUCCAAUCCGCAGACUUUUUCUCUACACGAACAGCCAAAAUUGAGAUAUUGGGGCGAGAAAGGUUAUGCCUCAGAUUACUUACAGAUAUUAUUCGAGCUGGUCAUAAGAAUAAAACAACUUGAGGCUCUGCACUUGGCUUCAAUUGGAAAAAUUCUAGAAUCCAACUUUGUGACACUUGUCAAUGAAUUACCAUUGCUCACGCGCUUGGAGCUAAACUUUCAAUAUAACAAACUUAGAAAGCCAUUCGGUUUAACUAACAUUGGUCUGAAAAACAUAAUUGAGUCGGGAAAGCAACUGGAUUAUUUGGGUUUAUAUGGUGUUAGGCGUAUAAGAAUCGACCAAGAAUUCUUUGAAAUGUUAUUAAAAACAGUUAAAAGUAGCAUGAGACAGAAAAAACUUAGAAUUUUUAUCACAGGGUGUAAAACAUCGACCAAAUUUGAUGUACCUAAAACCAUUCAACAAGCAUCCAACAAGUACUUGGAAAUUCACUACAACAAGUACAUGGACAUGGACGGAGAUGAUUUCUGUAAAUGCGAACGUUGUGGAGAGACAAAUCAAGCAACAAGGAAAAGAAGAUUUCCAUAUGUUUGAUUAUAUACCAUUUAAACCAUCAAUAAAGCAAAUGUUCGGAAAUUAAGCCGAUAUUUUGAAAAGAAA